AUGAGAGCAUACUGGUACGACAACGCGGAGGGCGACCAGCGCGAGCCUCACGACUCCGGCAAGGAAGUAACCGCAGAAUACCUCUCGAAACUCGGCGUCCUCUAUUAUAACUUUCCAAGCGAACAAGAUGUCGACAAGCUAGCAGCAGAGAGAAGCUACAAGAACAGGGACCUGAUCACUGUUUCGCCAGAGAAGAUGGGCGAUAUCUACGAGGAGAAAGUCAAGUCGUUCUUCAACGAGCAUUUGCACGAGGAUGAAGAAAUCAGAUACAUCAGAGAUGGUGCCGGGUUCUUUGAUGUUCGGAGCGAGGGCGACGAUUGGGUCCGUAUACAGCUGGAGAAGGACGAUCUGAUUAUUCUUCCCGCUGGGAUCUAUCACCGAUUUACGACGGACUCCAAUAAUUAUAUUAUGGCUAUGCGUUUAUUCAAGGAAGAGCCAAAAUGGACACCACUGAAUCGCGGACCUGAAGUUGACGCCAAUCCUUUCCGUAAAGAGUAUCUGGGAAUCCGAAGCCGAUCUAAAGUUGCUUGA